UUAAAAACACGUGGGUUCGAAUUAAGGAAGUGCACCAAUAUUUAUUUCAGUCUACCAGUUUUAAAUUCUUUAUUUUCGGAGUGAUUAAUUAUUGACAUGUGAAAAUGUCAAGGCUCAUCGUUAAGAAUUUACCGCCCAAUGUUACUGAUACUAAAUUAAAAGAAUUGUUCAGUGAAAAGGGAGUUGUUACUGACGUGCAACUGAAGUUUACGAAUGAUGGAAAAUUUCGUAGAUUUGGAUUUGUUGGAUUCAAAACUGACGAGCAGGCGCAGGCUGCGUUGAAUUUCUUUGAUAAAACUUAUAUCGACACUGCUAAGAUCACUGUUCAACUCUGUGCUGCAUUGGGAGAUGCAUCGAAGCCAAAAGCCUGGAGCAAAUAUGCCCAAGACAGUACGGCCCAUAAAAACCUCAUAAAUUCGGAAGAAAAACCUCAAAAAAUUGAGGAAAAACCAUCGAAAAAGAAGAAUAAAAAAGCUGAGCAGAACGACGAGGUAAAAUCCCUCAUAGAAAAAAACAAAGAUGAUCCCUUAUUUGUUGAGUUUAUGGAGACCCAUGGAGCAGACGGUUCAAAAAUCUGGGGAAAUGAUACCGAACCCUCGAUUCUGGACUCCCAAAAAUUCGAAAAAACUUCAGAAGAUGAAAAUUCCGAUGAAGAAGCCGAAGAUUCUGACGACUCCGCCGAAGAGUCCGAGAAAAAAUCCCAAAAACUCGCGGAUAAGAAAUUAUCAGACCUUGACUACAUGGAAUCUCUCAAGAAAAAAUCCCAGGACUCCACCGUAAAAACAAAAAACUCCACAAAGUCCUCAGGUCAUGGUUCCACUAAAUUUUACACCGUAAAAUUAAAAGGGCUAGGUUACAAUCACAAAAAGAAACAUAUAAAGCAAUUUUUUCAUCCUCUGAAAGCAAAAUCAAUCCGAGUCCCCCAGAAAAUCAAGGGAAUCGCGUAUGUGGGUUUCAAAACCGAGAGACAACAACUUCAAGCAUUGAAUAGAGACAAGAGUUUCCUGGAGGGCAAGAGAAUAUUCAUAACAAAAUACGACGGUGAUAAACAGUCAGAAUUGAAUCAACUGAAAGCAUCUGACGGGAAACGCGAUCCGAAAUGGAAAAAGCAGGAAGAAGCCCUCAAGGAUGAGGAGUCCAUUGCCGAGUCCGGGAGAAUGUUCGUGAGGAACUUGUCGUACUCGACGACUGAAGAUGACGUGAGAGGGAUUUUUGAGAAGUAUGGACAAAUUACGGAAGUGAAUUUACCGGUUGAUAAAGUUACAAGAAAAUUGAAGGGAUUCGGAACAGUGACGUUUAUGAUGCCAGAGCAUGCUGCUAAGGCUUAUUCCGAGCUUGAUGGAUCGAUCCUAAAUGGUAGAAUGCUUCACCUACUCCCCGGUAAAUCGAAACCUUCACUGACUGACCUGCUCCAAACCGCAGGUCUCACCUUCAAAGAGAAAAAAGAGAUUGAAAGAAAAGCAACAGCGGGUUCCUCUCACAACUGGAAUACCCUCUUCCUGGGUCAGAACACCGUAGUCAACGCUAUAGCCUCCAGUUACAACACAACGAAGGAAAAAGUUCUGGAGGAUGGAGGCAAAGGAACUAGUGUGGCUGUGCGACUUGCCUUGGGGGAGACACAAAUCGUCGAGGAAACUCGUAAAUUUCUAGAAGAAAAUGGAGUGAGACUGGAUGCUUUCAAUCAGGCCCCUGAGAAACGUUCGAAAACCACUAUCCUAGUGAAGAAUCUUCCACCAGGGACCAAACCUCAUGAAUUGAGGGAAAAAUUCAAAGUCCACGGAGAGGUAGGACGUUUGUUACUUCCUCCAUCGGGUGUUACUGCUUUAGUCGAAUUUCUUGAACCUUCGGAGGCUCGUAAGGCUUUUACUAGGUUGGCUUACACUAAAUUCAAACAUAUUCCACUGUAUCUGGAGUGGGCACCUGACAACAGUCUAACUCCAGCUGAUAAAACUGUUAAAACAGAGAGUGAAGUAGGGAAGAGUGAGCGAAAUAUAAAAAAUAUAAAAAUUAAGGAAGAAAAAAUCAGUGAGGACGACGAUGAAGAUGAUGAGCCAGAACCUGAUACAACUCUCUUCGUUAAAAAUUUGAAUUUCACCACCGACGAAGAGACUCUGAAUAAAUAUUUUAGCAAAUGUGGGAAGCUGCAUUAUGCCACUGUCACCACGAAAAAGGAUCCGAAUAAUCCUGGCCAGAAACUCUCGAUGGGUUAUGGCUUUGUCAGGUAUAAAUUCAAGUCAGAUGCUGAUAGGGCUCUUAAAGAACUGCAAUUAACGACCCUCGAUGGAAAAACACUGGAGCUAAAACGAUCUGAGAGAACACUCAGUUCCGAUGUUUCAACGAUGAAGAAGACGACAAAAGUGGGGGAACAGACUGGCACCAAGAUUUUGAUUAAGAACAUACCGUUCCAGGCGAAUGCUGACGAGAUCACUGAAUUAUUCAAGGCUUUUGGGGAACUGAAAGCUGUCAGAUUACCAAAGAAACUCGUGGGACAGGAAAAACACAGAGGCUUUGGAUUUGUUGAAUAUUACACUAAAAGUGAUUCUAAGAGAGCCUUCAAAGCGUUGUGCCAAAGUACUCAUUUGUAUGGCAGAAGAUUGGUACUGGAAUGGGCCCAGGCCAUUGAAGACGUGGACGAUAUUAGAAAGCGAACAGCAAAACAUUUUCACCAAGAGUCAUCGAGUAAGAGAAGUAAAAAGGCAGCACUGGAUCCUGAAUCUGUUGGACUAGCUACAGAAUAAAUAUGAAUUGAUUGAAAUAUAUAGCCUGUAA